GUAUGUACACCAAAAUAUUCUGCUUAGAAGUAAAAAAUGAAAAGUGACCUGUGCUUCGAUGUUUUCGAUAGCCAAAAAUCAUAUGCUGUGGUUCGUUGAGGAGUUAAAUUGUCUUGAUCGGCGGCGAGCUGUGACUUACAGUUGAUUUGGUAGCGUAUCUCCAUGAAAGCAUGGCUGCAAUUAUAAACAACACAUUGAAGAAGAGAUGUUUCUCGUUAGCUACAGAUCGCCCUGAUGCAAAUGUGUUUGCAAAGCCUUUUAAGGAUAUACCCGGUCCGCGCGGUCCCUUCGGCCUUGGCAUUCUGUACCAAUACUUGCCGCUAAUCGGCCGGUAUUCGUGGCUGAAACUGCACAAGGCGGGACGGGACAAGUAUGAACGGUACGGCCCGAUUGUGCGCGAAACAGUGAUUCCGGGUGAAGACAUUGUCUGGCUGUAUGACCCAAAUGAUAUUGCAACGUUGCUCAACGAAAGGGAUUUUCCACAACGGCGCAGUCAUCUGGCAUUGGAGAAGUAUCGCAAAGAUCGUCCGCACAUUUACCGAUCGGCGGGGUUACUGCCGACCAACGGAGCGGAAUGGUGGCAUCUUCGCUCGGAAUUGCAAAAGGAAAUCAGUGCACCAAAGAGCGUGCGCAGCUUCCUUACUGAUUUGGACUUGGUAACACAAGAGUUUCUUGAACAUCUUCCGUUGCAUCGCAGCUUUGAUAUUCUACCAAAAUUAGCUCGCUUAAAUGUGGAACUUACUUGCCUGAUGACUUUCGACGAGCGCCUCAAUGCCUUCUCACCCGACGAACAGUUGCCCACCUCUCGGUCAACCAAGCUAAUGCGAGCUGCAGAAACGACAAACAGCAGCAUCUUGCCCACCGAUCAAGGGCUGCCAUUAUGGCGCUACUUUGAAACGCCCACCUAUCGGCGACUGCGCAAAGCACAGGAGUAUAUGGAGAGCGUGGCCAUCGAUUUGGUGUCACAAAAGCUGGCGUACUUCAAAGAGAGUAAGACCAGUGAUAGUAGCAAUCAAGAUGGCACCAUGUUGCGCAGUUCGCUAAUUGAAGAAUAUCUAAAGAAUCCCAACCUGGACUUAUGCGAUGUCGUCGGUAUGGCAGCGGACUUGCUACUAGCCGGCAUUGACACUACCUCAUAUACCACCGCUUUCGCAGUGUAUCAUAUCGCCCAAAACGCUGAAGUACAGCAGAAACUUAAGGAGGAGGCCUGCCGUGUGCUGCACUCGCGAAAAACACUCUUGACGCCAGAAGCGUUGCGCGCGGAAGUGCCAUAUGCCCGAGCGGUACUAAAAGAGGUAUUCCGCUUAAAUCCAAUUUCAGUGGGUGUGGGGCGCAUACUCAAUAAAGAUCUGGUGCUGAGCGGAUAUCAUGUGCCCAAAGGAACAGUCGUGGUAACGCAAAACAUGAUUGCCUGUCGAUUGGAGAAGUACUUUGCGGAACCAUUGCAGUUCAAACCAGAGCGCUGGCUGCACCGCAAGCAAGCAGUUCAUCCCUACUUGGUGCUGCCCUUCGGUCACGGCAUGCGCGCUUGCAUCGCGCGUCGCAUGGCAGAACAGAACAUCAUCGUUUUUCUGUUACGCAUGAUGCGAAAUUUCGAAGUUACUUGGACGGGCGGUGAAGCAAAGGUGGGUGUGCGCACACUGCUCAUCAACAAGCCCAGCAGGCCGGUUAGCAUUCAACUGAAAUUGAGGGAGGAAAUGGAUCAACGGAAACCGAUGAGUGAUUCAGUUAAGUGAUGUGCAUACAUAUUUAGAUAUAAGUUCGUAUUUUAGAUUUUUGGGUGAAAUGAAAUGCCAGUUCAUAUAACAAAGAAACUGUUUACUGUUUAUACAUAUGUAUAUGUGUUAUGUGACUUAAAAUAUUCACGCGUAUAUAUAUGUAUGUAUAGUAGUACUUAAAAAUGUAAAUAAAAUUUGUUUGGGAGUCUCA